UAUUAUACACGUAUAUUUCGUGUAUAUAUAUUUUCAAUUAAUCAUAUAAAAAUUUAAAUUACAACAUACAUAAUAUAAAAUGACAUCUCGAGAAAUAUUAACUAUUCAAUUAGGUCAUUAUUCCAAUUUUAUUGGUGCUCAUUGGUGGAAUAUACAGGAAACUAAUUUCUCUUAUGAUCCUGAUAACCCAUCAGAAAUAAAUAAUGAUGUAUUGUAUAGAGAGGGUGAAAAUUUAAAAAAACAAGUUACUUAUACUCCCAGAUUACUUCUUGUAGAUUUGAAAGGAACAUUUGGAUAUUUAAAAGAAGAAGGUUCUUUGUAUGAUACUCAAUCAAAAGAAGUUCAACAAUCCUUAUGGGAUGAUAAAAAAGUGGAGAUCUUGAAAGAAGAAACAAUUGAUAAACCUCAGUUUAUUAAAAGUUUAGAUGAACCAUCUACAACCUCAGAUACAGCAUCAACAUCAUUUAAUUUGGAAAAUAAUAUUAAUUCAUGGGUAGAUUAUCUAUUACCUAGAUUUCAUCCUAGAACAGUGAAUGUCAUUAAACAAUAUAGACACAAUGACACAAUGCAACCAUUUAAUGUUUUUACUUAUGGAAGUAAUUUAUGGAAUACGGAACAAUUUUCAGAUGAUUUUUCAGAAAGAAUAAGAGCAUAUGUAGAAGAAUGUGAUUUAAUGCAAGGUUUUCAGGUAAUUUUAGAUUCUGUGGAUGGUUUUGCUGGAAUUGGAGCAUCAUGCAUACAAUAUUUAAGAGAUGAAUAUGGAAAAAGUAUAGUGUCAUUUCCAUGUAUGGACAGUAAAAAAUCUGAACCUUCCACAUCCAACAUGAUUAAGAUACUUAAUACAGCUUUAUGUUGGCAACAUUUAGGAGAACAUGCUUCAUUAUUUAGUCCACUCUGUUGUGCACAAACUGUUUGGCCAAAAAUUGGAGAUCCACGAAUAUUUAACUAUUUAACAUAUAAUUCUGAACUAAAAUAUCAUAGCAGUGUACUUUUAGCAACUGCUUUGGAUACAUUAACUAUUAGAUAUAGACGAAAAGAAUAUCCAAACGUGGUUUUAUCCGAUUUAUGCGCAGAUCUUAACAAAAUGGGUAGAAAAGCAGUCGCAACAAGUUUAACUUUACCAUUCCCAAUGAGUGCAAAAACAGAUUUAAUUGAUGUACUUGAUAAUUUUGAAGAACAUUUGUGGACAAGUUUAACACCAAAUUGUGAUAUAUCAAUGGAUAAAAAUAUGCAAAGCAUAGUAUUACGAGGAAUUCCUGAAGAAAGAUUAAAACGACCUAUUUCUUAUGCAAUGAAACAAAUAUCAAAACCAGCAUAUAGAUGUUCUACUGUACAUGAAAUGAUGAUGCUUUAUUUAUCAUGUAAUAGUCAUGCAUCAGCAACGUAUUUAUCAAAUAUUUCAUUACCAUUGAAGAUAAGAUUUCCAUAUCCAAAUAUUUUCAAUAAUAAUAUUACUGAAACCGGAGAUAUUAUUGAUUGUCCUUGGAGGUUAUUAGUAGGAACAGAUGUACAAUCUGUUCCUGUUAUGGCUGGUUUACAUAGUGGAAAUAAUCUUAGUGCAAUGUAUGAGUCUUUACAUAAUCAGUUAAGUAGAAUAAAGAGUAUAAAGAAAUUUCAUGUAUUUACAGACUCUGGUUUGGAAGAAGAUGAAUUUAAUGAGUGUCUUAAUCAUUUGCUUGAUUGUAAAGAAAAUUACGAAGAUCAUUACAUUUAAAUAUUACUAACUUUAUUCAU